GUUCAAUAAAUUCUUUUGUACUUUCUUGCCUUGUAAAAUGGGGGCCUAAAGUCCUCCCUCUGCCCUUGACACGCCACCAUGCAAACGACUGACUUUUCAAAGUCUUCACUCUCUCUUUACAAAGUCUCGUGGCACUCUCUCCUCCCUUCUUUGUUUCUUUCUGUUCUGCUCUAUCAAGCUUGCAUUGCCUUGCUAGUUGCUAGAUGAUGCUGUUUGUAAGUCUGUAGAGUUGGGUUUUCUUUGCUUCAAGUUACAGCAGGUCCUGUUAAUAAGAAAUGGCUAACCAUGACAAAGAUGAUAUUCCAAUGCUGUCAGACACACAUCCAAAGUCAGUGGAUGAAAAUGUGGAUUCUCGAUUUCGGCCAUUUCUUUCCAGGACUCAAAGUGCAUCAACUUCCAUUCCUUUGGAUUCCAUGGAGUCCUAUGGUUCUGAAACCAACCUUGUUGGCUUUACUGGUCCACUGCGUAGUGCAAGAAAAGCUCCACUGGUACAGAUGAGUGGUCCAUUAUAUAUCAACCGCAACACUGAAAACUUGUUUCUGGCAAAUCAUGGUGUAACAGCUCGCAAAAAGGUGGAGCCCAAGCCAGAAAAAUAUCCAUCUCUUAAUGGAAUGGAUAAGAAUGACUGGGAUGACAAGUAUACUGCUACAAAUGCCCAUUUAAUGAGGUCUGGGCAACUAGGCAUGUGCAAUGAUCCUUACUGCACAACAUGCCCAUCAUAUUACCAUUCUAGAGCUUCGCAGCAAAGACAUGCAAAAACUUCUAGUAUAUUUGAUUCAAAGUUUCAUAGUGUUCUCUAUGGAGAUGCUAAAGGUUGGGCAAGGAGAUUCAAUAAUGCUAUAAACUCAUAUAUUCCUGGAGUUAUGAAUCCUCAUGCGAAAGUUGUUCAGAAGUGGAACAAGUUUUUUGUCAUUUCUUGCUUGGUGGCAAUUUUUGUUGACCCCUUGUUUUUCAUCUUGCUGUCGGUGAAACAGGAUGAAAAGUGCAUAGUUAUUGAUUGGGGAAUGACUAAAGCAGUUGUGUCUUUUAGGUGCUUGACUGAUGCAAUCUACUUACUGAACAUAUUUCUUCAGUUUAGAUUAGCUUAUGUAGCUCCUGAAUCUAGAGUGGUUGGUGCUGGAGAGUUAGUUGACCAUCCAAAGAAAAUUGCUAUGCACUAUCUCCGAGGAUGUUUUUUUAUUGACUUAUUUGUUGUAUUACCACUUCCACAGAUCAUUGUGUUAGCACUCCUACCAAAAGGAUUGGAUUCCUCCGGAGCAAACUAUGCCAAGAAUCUCUUACGGGCAGUUAUUCUUGUCCAGUACAUUCCAAGGUUGUUUAGGUUUAUUCCUCUUCUCAUUGGUCAGUCUCCAAAUGGCUUCAUAUUUGAGACAGCUUCGGCGAACUUCUUUAUAAAUCUUUUCACCUUUGUGUUGUCUGGCCAUAUCAUUGGGUCGUGUUGGUAUCUCUUUGGGUUGCAGAGGGUAAAUCAAUGUCUUCGUGAUGCCUGCCAUGAUACUAGUUAUCAACAUGAAUGCAAGAAGUUUAUAGAUUGUGGUCGACAUGAGACUUUUGAACACCAGGCGUCAAGUUCAAACUGGACCAACUGGAAAAACAAUUCUAAUGCCAGUGCUUGUUUUACUCCGAAUGUUUUUUCUUAUGGAAUCUAUGCCCAGGCAGUCAAUCUCACUGGGAAAAAUACCAUCACCAGAUACACAUAUUCAUUAUUUUGGGGAUUCCAGCAAAUCAGUACUCUAGCUGGAAACCAAACACCGAGCUAUUUUGUUUGGGAAAUCCUCUUUACCAUGGCAAUAAUUGGAAUUGGCCUCUUGCUCUUUGCUUUUCUCAUAGGAAAUAUGCAGAACUUUCUUCAGGCUCUCGGUAGGAGGAGGUCAGAAAUGUCACUAAGGCGACGUGAUGUUGAUCAGUGGAUGAGACAUCGGCGCUUGCCGGUCGAACUAAGAAGGAGAGUGAUAGAAGCUGAACGGUAUCAUUGGGCAGCUACUAGAGGGGUAAAUGAAGAAAUGCUUUUGGAGAAUUUGCCUGAGGACCUCCAGAGGGAUAUAAGAAGACACCUCUUCAAAUUUGUCAAGAAAGUAUGGAUUUUUCACCUGAUGGAUGAACAUGUCUUGGAUGCGGUUUGUGAGAAAUUAAAACAGAAAAUAUACAUCAAGGGAAGUGCAAUUUUUUAUGUUGGUGGUCUGGUUGAGAAGAUGGUUUUUAUUGUGCGUGGAAAAGUGGAAAGCAUCGGACAUGAUGGGACGGUGGUAGCCUUAUCUGAAGGGAAUGUUUGUGGUGAGGAACUUCUCACAUGGUUUCUUGAGCAUAGUUCAGUGUCCAAAGAUGGAAGGAAAAUCAAGAUUUCUGGACAGCGUUUGAUUAGCAGCAGGACAGUAAGAUGCUUAACAAAUGUAGAAGCAUUUUCACUCAGUGCCGCAGACCUUGAACAAGUCACCAGCCUUUUUGCAAGAAACCUGCGGAAUCCGCUUGUCCAAGGAGCCAUAAGGUAUCAAUCUCCCUACUGGAGAGCCCUUGCUGCUACCCGCAUUCAAGUUGCUUGGAGAUAUCGGCAGAAGCGACUAAAGCAUAGCAAGACCACUCACUCAAAUCAUUUUGCCCCUCACUCAAAUCAUUCUUCGUUCUCAAGGAUUUAGAUCUUUGUAUUUUGUAAUGUAAGAGUUAGGAAAUCUUCGGAAUGCAUGGCAACGUAGGAAGUUUCCAUGUAAAUUGAGGUCAACAUAAAAAUUAGGAAACCAUUGUCAAUGUACGAGUUCGUAUUAACCAUAUGAAGAAAAUGGUUAUUUUUUUGUACAAAGAUGUUUUUGUGUUCAA